AGCCUAUUUAUUUCCCUUGUUUUUUCACAAGUUAAAGAAUAAUAAAAAAGUCUUUGCAUUAAAGACUUUAUGGUAUCAGAGCAGAAAAUCUUAUGAAUCCUGGCAAUGGUAAAGACGAUCAUGACCGGUAGCAGAGGCAGAACAGAUGCACGAAGAGACAGCCAGAUUCGGGCGAAAAUGCAGACAACAGCAACGUUCCAGGUCAACGAUAACGCCUCCCUGUAGAUUACCGCACAAAUUAAAUGGGAAAAAUUAUCUUCAAUGGUCCCAGUCCGUCAAAUUGGUAAUUUGUGGCAGAGGAAAGUUGGGCUUCCUCAUCGGAGAAACGAGUGCACCAAACAAAACAGAUCUGACUUAUUUGUCAUGGGUAGCAGAUAACUCAAUUGUAAUGGUGUGACUGAUAAAUUCGAUGGAGUCGAAGAUUGGUCAGAUUUUCAUGUUUCUCUCAUUCGCGAAGGCAAUCUGGGACUCGACAAGAAAAAAAUACUCGGAUAUGGACAAUGUAGCACAGUUUUUUGAUUUAAAAACAAGAAUAAAAGAGAUGAAGCAGGGAACAGUGAGUGUUAAUCAAUAUAACACUAAAUUACAAAAUAUUUGGCAGGAGUUAGAUUUAUUUUAUGGAUCUGAUUUGGGAUGUGAAGAUUGUUGCCUGAAAAUGAAGCGAAUGAUCGAGAAGGAGCGUGUUUUUGAGUUCCUUGCAGGCUUUAAUAGGGAGCUUGAUGAAGUCCGUGAACGGAUACUGAGCAGAUUGCCAUUCACAUCAAUUGACGAUGCCUUUGCUGAGGUAAGAAGAGAGGAGGAUAAAAAACGAGUCAUGCUUGGAGAUAAAAACAACAAUCAAGGGCUGGUUGAUGGCUCUGCCCUUGUCUCACGCGGUGUACCAGUGAACAGAAGCAAUGGAGAGCAACGGAAACGCCUGUGGUGCGACCAUUGCAACCGUAUUGGGCAUACUUGUAACACUUGCUGGAAAAUUCACGGAAAGCUAGCAAACUGGACACCAAGGAGACAAUCGGAAGGUAGAGGAUUCCAAGCCCAAACCUCAACUAGUGACCCGAAUAUUAACUUCAACAAAUCAGAAGGAUCCGAAAGUGCUGCCAUUCGUCUUAACAAGGAACAAAUUGAGCAGUUGUACAAACUUCUCAAUCAAUCCUCAUUAACCGGAACGAAUGGGGAUUCUAAUAUAGGAUCAUGUUCAGUAGCUCAGAAAGGUUCUGGGAAUUUGGACGGCUAUAUUCUUGCAGUAGCAAUGGGCCUUAUAUCUAUAUUCAAAUCAUUUCUUGAUACACAGUACACAUUUCAUCUUUCCAAGCUAAAGUUAAAGCUGAGAUCUAGUAUUAUGACUGUUAUCUAUCAUAAGUGCUUAUGUGUUAACCUGGCUGAGCGAUCAAAGUUUUCUGAAGGGGAAAUUCAGACAUUCAUGUCUAUAGAUGCUGAUCGAAUUGUCAACUUGUGUAAUAGUUUCCAUGAUAUGUGGAGCUUGCCUUUACAAAUUGGACUAGCACUAUACUUGUUGUAUACACAAGUCAAAUUUGCUUUUGUUUCUGGGAUCGCAAUAACUAUCUUGUUAAUACCAGUGAACAAAUGGAUCUCCAAAUUGAUUGCCAGGGCCACUGAAAAAAUGAUGAAGAAAAAGGAUGAGAGGAUUAGUAAGACAGCAGAAAUUUUGGCAUACAUUCGCACUUUGAAGAUGUAUGGCUGGGAGCUUCUUUUCAUGAGUUGGUUGAUGGAGAUAAGAUCUUCAGAAGUGAAACACUUAUCUACACGGAAGUAUUUAGAUGCCUGGUGUGUAUUCUUUUGGGCAACAACACCAACUCUUUUCUCUUUGUUCACAUUCGGCCUCUUUACAUUGAUGGGAUAUCAGCUUGAUGCUGCAAUGGUCUUUACUUGUCUUGCUUUGUUUAAUACUUUGAUCUCUCCUCUAAAUUCAUUCCCAUGGGUGAUCAAUGGAUUGAUUGAUGCCAUUAUAUCUACAAGGCGGUUGAGCAGGUUCCUGUCCUGCUCUGAGCAUAAAGCUGCUGAACUGGAACAAACAGCUGGUUCUCCUUCAUCACCUUCCUUCAGUGGUCAGUUUAAUUUUAAAUUAGAAGAUAUGGCUGUUGCCAUGUGUGAUGCAUCUUGUGCUUGGUCAAGCAGUGAAGAAGUGGAAAAAGAUUUGGUCUUACAUCAUGUGACUCUAGGCCUUCCAAAGGGUUCUUUGGUUGCAAUAAUUGGAGAGGUUGGUUCGGGUAAGUCAUCCUUGUUAAAUUCAAUUCUGAAAGAAAUGAGGCUCAUCCAUGGAUCAAUAUAUUCGGGUGGAUCUAUAACAUAUGUACCACAGGUCCCAUGGAUUCUAUCGGGGACAAUACGUGAGAAUAUCUUGUUUGGAAAGGCGUAUGAUCCUACAAGGUACUCAGAUGUAUUAGAGGCAUGUGCACUGGACAUUGAUAUCUCACUAAUGGUUGGAGGUGACAUGGCUUAUAUUGGAGAUAAAGGAGUCAACUUAUCAGGCGGACAGAGAGCUCGACUUGCUCUGGCACGGGCUAUUUAUCAUGGAUCUGAUAUAUUUAUGCUCGAUGAUGUCCUGAGUGCUGUUGAUGCACAAGUUGCCAGGUGCAUUCUACAUAAUGCAAUCCUGGGGCCUCUUAUGAACCAGCAUACACGUGUUCUUUGUACACAUAAUAUUCAGGCAAUGUCUUCUGCUGAUAUGAUUGUGGUAAUGGACAAAGGACACGUGAAGUGGGUGGGGAGUUCAACUGACUUUUCUGUUUCUUCAUAUUCUACAUUCUGUUCUCUGAAUGAAUUUACUGUAUCUCAAGUUCAAAGCCUAGAAUGCAGCACUAAUACUUCAACUGAAACAAAACAAGAUUGUAAACCUGAGAGGGAUUCUAUAUGUGUUCCUGGGGAAGCACAAGAGAUCAUUGAGAUUGAGCUGAGGAAAGAGGGCAGAGUUGAACUUACAGUAUACAAAAGUUAUGCCACAUAUUCUGGUUGGUUUAUUACAGUUGUAAUAUGUCUGUCAGCAAUUUUAAUGCAAGCUUCACGUAAUGGAAAUGAUCUGUGGCUGUCAUAUUGGGUUGAUACAACAACAGGAAGUAGCCAUACAGAGUACUCCACAUCUUUUUAUCUGGUUGUACUCUGCAUCUUCUGUGUCAUAAAUUCAUUUCUAACUUUGGUGCGGGCAUUCUCAUUUGCUUUUGGAGGCUUACGUGCUGCAGUUCAGGUGCACAAUACGCUACUUAGUAAGCUUAUCAAUGCACCAGUGCAUUUCUUUGAUAAGACACCAGGUGGAAGAAUACUCAACAGGAUGUCUUCAGAUCUUUAUACAAUCGAUGAUUCUCUUCCAUUCAUUCUCAACAUUCUCCUGGCUAAUAUUGUUGGCCUUUUGGGGAUUGCAGUAGUGUUGUCAUAUGUUCAGGUCGUUUUCUUGCUUCUACUCCUGCCAUUUUGGUAUGUCUACAGUAAAAUACAGUUUUACUACAGGUCAACAUCACGGGAACUUCGACGGUUAGACAGUGUUUCUCGUUCUCCCAUUUUUGCAUCAUUUACAGAAACACUAGAUGGAUCAUCAACUAUAAGGGCAUUCAAGUGUGAGGACUUAUUCUUCACCAGAUUUUCUGAGCAUGUGGCAUUGUAUCAGCAAACUUCUUACUCAGAGUUAAUAGCAAGUUUGUGGCUUUCCCUUCGCCUUCAGUUGUUAGCAGCAUUGGUCAUCUCAUUUGUUGCCAUGAUGGCUGUUAUUGGAUCUCGUGAUAGUUUACCCAUUAGUUUGGGCACCCCAGGGCUUGUAGGCUUGGCUCUCUCUUAUGCAGCUCCAAUUGUGUCUUUGUUGGGAAGCUUCUUAACAAGUUUCACUGAAACAGAAAAGGAAAUGGUUUCUGUUGAAAGAGUUCUUCAGUAUAUGGACAUUCCUCAAGAAGAACUCAAUGGAUGCCAAUCUUUAAGUCCAAAUUGGCCAUCUGAAGGAUAUAUCAUGUUUCAGAAUGUAUCCCUGAGAUAUUUGCCUUCUUUGCCAGAUGCACUUAAUGAUAUUACUUUCACCAUUUCUGGAGGAACACAGGUUGGAAUCAUUGGGAGAACAGGUGCUGGAAAAUCUAGUAUAUUGAAUGCCCUUUUUCGCCUCACCCCAAUAUGUAAAGGAUGUAUUUUGGUGGAUGGAUUAGACAUAGCUGAUGUUCCUGUUAGAGAUCUCCGCUCACAUUUUGCAGUUGUUCCCCAGAGUCCAUUUUUAUUUGAAGGAUCUUUAAGGGAUAACCUAGAUCCAUUCCGGGUUAGUGAUGACUUAAAAAUUUGGAAGACUCUAGAAAGAUGUCAUGUCAAGGAGGAAGUAGAAGCAGCUGGAGGGCUGGAUAUUCAUGUUAAGGAAUCUGGUACAUCAUUUUCUGUUGGGCAGCGGCAGCUUCUUUGUCUUGCACGGGCACUGCUCAAGUCUUCUAAGGUAUUGUGUCUGGAUGAAUGCACGGCCAACAUAGAUGCUCAAACAUCUUCAGUACUACAGAAUGCCAUACUUACUGAAUGCAGAGGCAUGACAGUGAUCACAAUUGCUCACCGGAUUUCCACAGUUUUAAGCAUGGAUAAUAUCUUGAUUCUUGAUCGAGGCAUCCUGGUUGAACAAGGAAACCCGCAGGUUCUUCUACAAGAUCACUCCUCCAGAUUUUCAGGUUUUGCUAAAGCUUCCACAAUGUGAGACCUGAUGACGAAAUAAAAUUCUGAGAUCAUGUGAUGUAGCAAAGACAAAUUUCUAGGCUAACCUACACUCAAAACAUGGAAGGGUUUGAGACAAACCUGAUGUUCCUGGAGUAUCUAACUAAGGCCAUCAGGUCAAGCACUAGUGCUCAUCUGAAAGAAUUUUAGCUUGAGAAAGCAUGUUGUAUUUUGGGCUGGGAUCUUAGAAGGAUCUGAUUCUGAUUAGAGAUUAUGACCUGAAAGUAGUUGUAACUUGUUUCUAAAUUGGUUUUGACCAAAAGUAUCGGAUGUCUCUAGUAUGAACAAUGGAUUAGGUUGGAUUAUUUCUUCUGUUUCAUACUCUAAAGCUUUUAUUUAACCUUCCCCUGGCAUUCGUUAAGGA